AUGAAAUUUCAAUUAUUAACUUUAAUUUCAAUUGCUACUACUACUACUUUAGCUAUCAAUUUAGAACAAGUUAGAUUAAUCAAUGAUGAUGAAUUAAUUGUUCAAGAUGGUCAAUUUGGUUAUCCAGCAAUUAUUAAUUUGAAAGAUGAAGAUGCUGAAAUUGCUAAAAAGACCACCACCACCACUUCUUCUUCUUCUUCUUCAGCUACUACUACUACUACUACUGCUAAGAAAGAUAAAAAGACUACUUCUAGUGCUUCUACUACUAUCUCCACUUCAACUACCAAAUCUAAAUCUAAAUCUAAUUCCACUUCAACUUCAACUUCAUCUUCAUCUAAGAAACAUAAAUCUGAAACUGCUUCUAUUACUAAAACUGGUGGUGCUGAUUCUGUUGCUGCUGUUGGUGCUGUUGGUGGUCCAAUCUUGGCUGCUUUAGCUUUAUUAUUGUAA